AUUUUCUCCAAGCUCGCUCUCACCUCCGUCCUUCUUUCACCUCGCUCUCACCAUCUUGCUUUUCCCGUCCAACAACAACACCACCUUGAACAGAGACUAGUCCACCAUCCGAAGCUGCACCACGCCCAUCACAUCUUCAACCUACCCAUCAACAUCCACCAUGGCGGGUAGAGGCCGCGGCGGUGGCUCCCGCGGCGGCAAAGGCGCGGGCGGCAUCGACUUCCCGUGGAACCACGACCCCGAUAUCGACCAAUAUCUCAAUUGGCAACCCAUCAAGCUAUUUCCUGACGUCGAAGCCACCAUCGCGGCCCCCCCGACAGCGGACGAGCUACGUACCGUCUACCACUCCCGUCGAAUCCGCGAAAUGCGCCGUGCAGGCCCCUUCUGGGCAACGGGUGAUCUGAACAAGCGCGCUGGCCGAGGCGCUGGAGGCAGAGAUGAGAAGGGGAACGAUACCUUCAAUGCUUUCACUGGCAUGGACACGUAUAGCAAGAAAUAUGUGCCCAAGAAGCGUGUCCUGCCGGACAUGAAGAGCUACCCAUUUGUCAAGGAGUUCUUUCCCAAGGAAUUGUGGGACGUCAUGGGCAUUUCCGACGACGAAGACGACACGAAGAAGGCCGCAGAUGGUACACAACCGCCGCCAAAGAAGCGGAAGAUGCUCCAGAUUGCCAAAGCAAACGACAUGUCGCGGCUGGAAGCACUUGAGGCCGAGGCAAAGCGCAAAGCUGACGCCGGGGAGGACGAUGACGACGAAGAGAAGGAAGAAGAGGACGGCGAGGGGGGCGAUGAAGUGCAAGAUGACGAUUUCGAGGCAGAUGAGUCGGAUGGAGACGACUAUAACGCGGAGGCGUAUUUCGAUAAUGGCGAGGACGACUUCGGAGAGGAAGACGCUGGCGGUGAUGAUGGCGGGUAUUACGAGUAGGCCUUCUGCUAAUGUUCUCAUAGAGGACCAUUACGCAGAGUCGCACUCCGAAAGCAGCGAAGACGGCUUUGGAGAGGCAGACGCAAGCGAUGAUGAUAAUGGUGGAUGUUAUGAGGAAGACUUCUGCUAAUAUUCUGCUAGUUGGAGAGGACCUGGGGGACAUUUACUUGCGCAAGAGCUACCUUUAGGGCACUUUUUGCAUAGGCCUUCGGCGCUCGGGCGUGCUUUUAACUCGGAUACCCAGGGUUUUGCGGAUGUGGAGUAUGUGCUGAGGCACCCCCGGUAACUUUGAUUCAUUCGUUCAUCAUUCCACCAUUGCUUUGCUCUAAAAACGAUGUACUUUGAUGUGCCGC